AUAUCCUCAGUUGUGCUCCUACCCUAAGGAUAUACAGCAGUACCAGAGGCUCACUGGUGCUGAGGAGAUUGAUUUUUUUCCCCUUUUGGAUGCUGGUUUGACCUUACAAAAUGGACAUACGAGUAGCAAGCAUCCUCCUCCUGGUGGUGACACUGACAGCUGCCCAUGGAGAGCGGUAUUUGGUGAAGAAGGUGAUGAAGGCCGCCCCUCAAUACCAGCCUUACUCUGUGAAGGGCCAGGUGGCAGGUGAACCUGGUGCUCCAGGUGAACCCGGCCCUGAGGGACCUCCUGGCCCUCCUGGACCCCCAGGUGAGAGUGCCGUAGGUAUGCCUGGACCCGAAGGACCUGCUGGACCUCCUGGAGCCCCUGGACGCUCUAUUGCUGGAAAACCUGGAUCCCCUGGUGGACCUGGCAAACCUGGCAGAGAUGGAGCAACUGGUCAGAGGGGUGAACCUGGAAACGGUGGCCCUCAGGGACCUAGGGGAUCCCCAGGAUCCCCAGGAAGCCCUGGACCCGCUGGCCUCUCUGCUACUGGAAAGCCUGGACCUUCAGGUCUUCCUGGAGCAAUGGGACCUAGAGGAGAGCCCGGUCUGAAAGGACACCCAGGUAUUCCUGGACUGCCAGGUGCAAAGGGUGAUAGAGGGGUGGGAAGUCCUGGACCUCAGGGUGAGACAGGACCUGAAGGACCCAUGGGCUCACCAGGUGAGCCAGGUGCUUCUGGAGUUGGAAAGCCAGGAAGAACAGGUGCACCUGGGGAGCCAGGAAAGUCAGGUAGCCCAGGUAGGGAUGGAGCCACUGGCCCCAUGGGACCACAGGGACCUAAGGGACACACUGGUGCCCCAGGUGUAGGUGUUGCAGGUAAACCAGGCGAGAAUGGUGCCCCAGGUAUGCCCGGCCCAGUUGGCCCUAAAGGUCACCAAGGACCUACUGGUGCCACCGGUGCCCCUGGAGUUCCUGGAUAUGGAAAGCCAGGUGCAAAUGGACAGAAGGGAGAGAAAGGAUUUACAGGUAGCACAGGUGCUGCAGGUCCAAAGGGUGAUAUAGGUCAUACAGGAUAUACUGGUGCUACUGGUGCCACUGGCCCCAUGGGUCCUGUUGGACCUCAGGGUGAAACAGGUUCCCAAGGUGAACCUGGUGCUGUUGGCCCUAAAGGUGACACAGGUGCAACUGGAGCUCAGGGACCUAAGGGACACAAAGGAGAACAGGGAGCCCAAGGUUUCCAGGGCAAGCAGGGUUACCCAGGUGCAGCUGGUCCUCCUGGUUCCAGAGGAGCCACUGGAGCCAGUGGAAACAAAGGCGAUGUAGGUGCUCCUGGUAUCCCAGGUUCCCCAGGUAUUCCAGGCCCCGCUGGACCCAAAGGUCUUCCUGGGCGUGCAGGUGAAUCAGGUGCCUCUGGCUCUGAUGGUGCUCCAGGUCCCAGAGGCCCAUCUGGUCCUCAGGGUCCUUCUGGUGCCCCUGGCCUUAAAGGACACCCAGGUCUCCCUGGUGCUCCUGGUCCUGCUGGUUUGGCUGCCAAGGGUAUUCCAGGACCUCAGGGCCCCCCUGGUCUGCCUGGUGACUCUGGUUCCGAUGGAGAGCCUGGCCCAGCUGGACCCCCUGGUCCCCCUGGUCCUCCCGGUGAGGUUAUGUUUGAGAAGGGCAAAGGUGGGUACAGUGAGGUCAUGGUCAAGGCACCCAUGUCUGCUUUCACAGCAUCUCUGGCCACUCCUUACCCUGGUUCUGGCAGCCCCAUUAAAUUUGACCAGAUUGUGUACAAUGCUGAGAAUCACUAUGACCCUGAGAGUGGCAUUUUCACUUGCCAGAUUCCCGGAGUUUAUUAUUUCUCCUACAGCAUCCAUGUUAAUGGCGCUCAUGCCCUGGUUGCUCUGUACAAGAACGGCCAGCCUGUCAUGUUCACUUAUGAUGAGUACAACAAGGGCUUCCUGGACCAGAUGUCCGGAAGUGCUGUCCUCUUGCUCGAUGAGCACGAUACAGUCUACGUCCAGAUCCCUGAUGAUGAGGCCAAUGGUGUCUUUGCUGCCGAAAAUGUCCACUGCUCUUUCUCUGGGUUCCUCAUUGCCUCAACGUGAUACGUUGAUACAGUAGUUCCCAAAAAGCCAACCAACUAAAUUUGCAAUCUAUUUCUCAAACUAAAGUAAACUCCCUGUUCAUUUUUCCUCAGCCAAACAGACAGGCAGUUCACCUUCUUUGAGGAAUAGUAGCAUCUCGACUUGAAAACUACAAGAAAUAGGUGCUUAGAAGAAGGAAAACUAAUUUAUGAAACCAGGUGAUCAGGGAUGGGGGAAGCAAUCCACAAAGUUACCAGUGAGCUUUUGUAAGGGAAACAACAUGUGAAAUUGAGGUGUUAUAACUGUUGUGUCCUGACUUUUAUUCCAAUCUGUUUCUUUUAUAUUGACUUCAACUGGUGAGUCUUAAUUUAGUGUUUGUCUGUUCUUUUGUUUGUUUUUGUACAACCUCGUUUUUGUUUGGAUGACCAAUAACCUUAGUCAAAGUAUACAAAUACUUUCUGUGCAACAUGUCGUAACUGUUGUCCCUGUAUGUGACUUGAAUAUUGUGAAAUGGUAAUGGUCAAAUUGAUUGUUAUGAUGAAAUUAAGUCACUGCAGUACUGUCAUACGAACACCAACUGUUUAACUGCAACAUCAUUAUUAUCCCUGAACAUGCAUUAUGUCAUGUAAAGCAUAAUGAUCAAAAUAAAAGAUGUCUUAAUAAAC